CAAAACAAACCCAGAUUCGCCGCCGCCGCGAGAGAAGUUCCGAGAAGUCUGACAAUUCGACUCGACAGCUAAACGAAAUUCGUGGUUCAAAAUUAUCAAUAAUAUUACUUGAUUCUACUUCGCUUCUUGUGUUUUUUCGAGAAAAAGUGGCAAAAAUGGUUUCCGGUGGUAUGGCGUGUGUGAAAUACCUGCUAUUCGUCUUCAACCUGAUUUUUGCGAUAACUGGGGUCGUGCUCAUCUCAUUCGGUGGCGUAAUUUUGGCGACUUAUCAUGACUACAGUAAUUUCGUCGACAACUGGUUAUUUGCAGCGCCAGUUUUAAUGAUAAUAGUCGGCGUGAUAGUCUUCCUCGUAUCGUUCUUCGGAUGUUGUGGAGCUGUGAAGGAAAAUCACUGCAUGAUAAUAACGUUCUCUGUUUUGUUGCUGCUGAUAUUCGCCCUGGAAUUAGGUGCUGGAAUUUCAGGAUACAUUAUGCGGGGUAAAGUAGGCACGAUGCUAGAAUCUCGCAUGAACGGAACAAUGCAUCAAUACAAUGAAGAUGAGAAAGUCAAAAAUUCCUGGAAUAUCAUGCAACACGAUCUUGACUGCUGUGGAAUCAAUGGUCCUGCAGAUUGGUCCAAAGCUGGAUUCAGAGACAAUACUUUGCCGAUUUCCUGCUGCCAGAACGUUCCAAUGAAGAACACAACUGACAAAAAUUCUAGGGGAACUUGUGACAUGAACUCGAUUUCCGUUCGAGACAAAGGCUGCGUCAAUAAACUUCGAUCCUUCAUCGAGGAUAAAGCUGUAGUCUUAGGUGGAGUUGGAGUAGGAAUCGCUCUUGUUCAGUUGAUUGGAGUUAUCUUUGCGUGCUGUUUGGCUCGCUCGAUUCGCCGUGAAUACGAGACAGUCGAAACCACAGCACACUGAUCAGCCACCACUUAGGAGGCAUAUUAACAUAAUAAUGUCCAUCAUGCAUUGAUAGAUGACUAUUUAGAUAUUCAUCGCGUUUCUAGACUUUCAACGUGCUUACAAAUUUAUUGGCAAAAGAGGAACGAUUCUCGAAUUUAGAUUUUUAAUUUUCAAAUUUCGCGCCAGAAUAAUCGCAAACCACACUUAGACAUAACCUCCAAUCUUGACCUUGUUUUUGCGCGAAAUUUAAAUUACAAAAUGAAUUCAAUCAUUAAAAACUUCAAUUAAGCGAAAACUGCCAAAUAGACUGAAGUUUUUUAAAAAAGGAAACAUUUCAACACAAACUUGUCGAUUCUUUUGAAUCAAAUUUAGAUUUUUAAAUUUUCUUUUGAAUCAAAUUUUGUUUUAAACAAGAUUCGAUUUGACGAUCGUUCCUCUUUGUUCAACAAGUCGAUAACAACAAUGGGCUAUUUGUUUGAUAUUCCUUGGAGUAGAAAGUGUAUAUUAAAUUAUUAAUAAAAGAUGUACGCUGGCUAUAGUCGCAG